CGGACCAAUCCAACGAUUUGUCUGACUAUAUGGGUUGGAACUUCAGCUAUAGUCUGAAUAAAAUUAGUGUCACUUUCCUUUAGUUUGCAUUCUCCAAGUGGAAAAGACGGUUUUGCAUGCAAAUUAUCCAGGACGCUUUUUCCGACAUCUUGAGUGCAACGUGCCAUCACAAAACCUAAAAAUGGCACUGGACGGAUGUGGCCAGUUUUGCAAGUGUAUCCUGAUAAUUUUCAACAUAAUCGUUGCACUGGUGGGGCUUGCAAUGUUGGGGUUGGGUUUGUGGAUAAGGCUGAGCUCUGAGACCAAAGGAAUGUUCGACUUAAACCUCAACACACAAGCGUUUGUCAUUGGUGUGACCGUGUUGAUUGUGUUAGGAGCAGUGCUUUUGCUCGUGGCAGUUUUUGGAGACUACGGAGCAUGCAAUGAGAACAGAACUGCCUUGGGAGUGUUCUCCGGCCUGCUGUCCAUCUUGACUGUAUUACAGAUUGCAGCCGGAGUAAUUGCCUACAUGCAACGCAAUGAGGUAGGGAACCAGAUGGCCGAUUUCUACAUCACUGUUUACUCCCAGUAUGUCACCAAAAGAGACCCAGGCAUGUCUGUUACCUUGACCAUCAUUCAAAACACGUUGCACUGCUGCGGAAUCAUUGGUGCCUUGGACCCCUUGGUCAAAAAAACUUGUCCUGAAACCGGAUUUUUGGAGACCUUUACUCUCCCUGCCUGCCCCACUGUCAUUCUCAACAUGUUCGAGUCCAAAGGACCUCUGGUGAUGGGCCUCUUCUUUGGGAUUGCUGCUAUACUGAUCUUGGCCCUGGUGUGCAGCUCCCAGCUGAGCAAAGAGAUCAAGCGCUCCCAGACCACUCCUCCCCCCUACAUGCUGCUGUCCACUACCUCUUUCCUCCCCUCUCCUCACGCUUUCUCCGCCCCCUCCAUGGACCCUGUGGUCUUUACCCCACUGCCUGACCGCAUACCUGCGGCUGAUGCUCUGUAGCUCAUUAACUCUCCGUCUUUACUUGGGUGACAUCACAGAUCUGGGGCAUUCUUCUUUUUACAUGAUUAAUAUUAGAGACCUACAUCAUCUCUCACCUUUUCACCCUCGUUGUCACGGUAACUGUGGUCAGUCACUUCAGACCCCCCCCCCCCCCCGCUUGCUUAGGCUGACCCCAUUCUUCUUCUACCUUCUCUCCAUGCCCUCCUAGAUCAUAGCCCUGGUGUGCUCCAGCAUCCUCGUCAAACAGAUCAAGACGAGUCGCCUGUCUGGCCCUGUGCACUACACCAAGGCUGUGUACUGAGAGGACCGCCUCCUCCGCCACGCUCAAACACCACGAGAGGCUUGUCAUUCACUGACCAUUACCAGAUAAAUCCCUGCCUCCUUCAUUACAUUUCUUUAUAUUUGAUGCCUAAUACAGUCCUAAGUAGCUUUCAUUCCACUGGCUGGCCUGUGUUUUUGCGGCUGGAAAAGGAUUUAGAUAAUUUGGACCUGCUAUUAGCAGGGCUCAGAUGGAGACCACACCAUCCAUUUUAAUAACAAAGAAACCUUUUAGGUCAGAUGUCUUUCAGGAAUUGUAACCCAAUGUUAAAACUACAUAUAAAUGAUGUGAUAUAUAUUUGUUCUUGCUACUUAUUCUGAAGGGACCAUUUUAUGGACACUGUAAAAUAAUCCUGUUUGUUUUUUUUUAAGCUUUCAUUAACCUGUUGCCCUUUUCCUAUCAUCAAUGCACGUUUUAGAGUUGUUUGUGUUGCAUGAAAUCUUUUGUGCCAUAAAAUAUUUGCAUUACUUUGCAUUUCUAAAUCUCAUUAGCAGUUCCUAUACUGUGAGAUGAAAUGAACCAUAUUGUUGAGAUUUCUUCUGUAGACCAUGUUUAGAUAUUUACACUGUAAUAAUAUCUGGUGUAAUCCAAUUUUUUUGUCAGUCCAAUAACAAAUCAUGGGCAACCUUAUUACUCCAGAGAACUACAGUACCACAUCUUCAGUGCCCAGUUAAGCAGCAGUAAUGGAGGCUAGUGUGUUUUCUGGAAUCAGAUGUCCAAGUAGAGUGCCUUGGUACAAUCAGACAGGAGUGUGGAAAUGCCAUUGUCCUGCUGUGGGGUUCGAAUCCCAGAAGCCUUCACUUGGCUGCCAGUGUCCUAUUUUUAGUGGAAGAACUAUCAUUGACUGAAUGAUCUGGUGAGGUUAAUAAUUUGUCAUGUAAAACGUUUUAAUCUAGUGGUCUAUUAUAAUUUCCUAUGAUUUUCAACCGUGUGAACUGCUUGUUAUUUUUUUUGUUAGUACUUUUUAUACAUUGUUGGAUGCUGUACUGCAUAGUCUGAUAAAUAAAUACAUACAAUGACUAUUUA